AUGAGCACACCGCAAGUUUCUCAUCAAACCCUAAACGCAGAUUUCAAGGGCACCGCGCGCAAAAUUGGGGACACUGCUAUCCACCAAUUCCGCGGAAUUAAAUAUGCCAAUGUUGCCGCCAGAUUUGAGCGUGCCGAACCUGUAGAUAGCUUCAAUGGAGCAUCUAUUGAUGCUACCCAGUACGGGCCGAGAUGCCCUCAGGCAGCUGUAGACGUGCGCCACUUGUUGCGGAUUCCUGAAGAUUUUGAAAUUCCGGAUGAGCCUGAGGAUGAAUUCGAAUGUCUUAAUCUAGACAUCACAUCUCCGCCUUUGUCAGCUAAUUCGUCCCUUCCCGUUUUGGUCUGGAUUCACGGUACAUACUUGACGGCAUUGACCUCAACGUUAGAACACUCACGGCUGACUAUCAUCCAGGCGGUUCCCAAGUCGUCACCUUCUGCUCAGGAGCAUCCAAGAUCUGUGGUCAGUAUGCCGCUGAGUCAUCCGGCCAAGAUUGUAGCUGACUCCAUUGAGGCUGAGCAGCCCAUCAUUGUUGUCUCCGUCAAUUAUCGACUCAAUAUCUUCAGUUUCGGAGAUGGAAAAGAGAGGAAUCUUGCACUGAAGGACCAGAGACUGGGAAUUGAUUGGGUGCGGAAGAAUAUCGCCGCUUUUGGGGGUAAUCCAGACAACAUCACUCUCGCUGGUGAAAGUGCAGGUGCUGUUUAUGUUCAUGCACACCUGAUCACUGGACCGCCUGUAAAGAGGGCAGUUUUAGCAUCUGGAUCCCUUUACCUCUCAUCUCCGUUGCCCGUGGAGCGAGGCAAUGGACUUAUCGAGGUCUUGCAAACGAAGGUUCAGGAGCUUGGGCAGCCUUCCCUUCGUGAGGCAUCCGUUUCUGCUCUCAUACAAGCACUGAAGGAGUGCAAUGUGAACACGAUGUGGAUCCAGGAGGAGCCAGAGCUUGAGAACUGGGAGACCAAGCCGGAACAGGUUGGCGAGCUUAUGAUAGGUGACACAGAAUAUGAGUCUGUUAUAUGGAGGAACGGGGUGGAAACACUAGACGGGGAGACGAUUACUGCUGCUUUUGAACAAGACAAGGAAUGGGGUACAAAACUGCGAAAGCUGUACCAAGUGGUCGCCGACCGCCCUACAGCCUGUAAGCUGGGCGCUUUAGAUUUAGUCAAUGACAUUCGCUAUACACUCCCUGUUGAGGUUAUCUCUGAAAAGCUUGCAGCAGCCAACAAGAGAGUGUAUAGGUAUGUGUUUGACCAAGCCAACCCAUGGCAAGCUUCCAGUCGUGCUCAUCAUGCUGUUGAUCUUCUCUAUCUGUUCGCGGGGGUUGAUUUGUCCUUCAAUCCGACUGCAGAAAUGGUGGGCCAGGAGACAAGAAAACGUUGGAUCCAGUUUGUCAGCGGCGGUAGCCCCUGGUCUUCAGAGCAAAGGUUCGCCUUCGGGCCACUUGGAGAUUGCAAAGAAAUAUCAGAGGUGCAGUUUGCGGGUCGGAGACGAGUAAAUCAUCUCAAGGCGUUGAAAGAGGCUAGGAUGGCUGCGUAUAUGCCUAUCGCUACUGCCCUAACAGCAGGAAAGAUUAGUCUCUUGAAUUGA